CACUAUCAAGGAUCUGUCAAUAACAGCAAGACUGACAAGCACUCGUGUGGAAUGCCUACGUUUGAAGCCUUGUCUGUAGACGACAGUCCUUCUGGUCGCACUAGUCGCAUCAACAGUUACAACAGCUCGCUUCCUCGUCAUACUCCCAUCGUCGCAUCGAGACCUGGCCCAAUGCAUCCGAUCAUACAGUAUAUUUAUGCCAUGUUCUCUGCCUUGGCUGCCUUUCUAGUGUCGUUGCGUCCGUCCUCUUCCAGCUCGAUAUUUUCUCAACAGGCUUCUCUGCUCAUCAAUAAUCGUCAAUACAAAGUUGUCAAGCAGCUCGGUGAAGGUGGAUUUAGUUUUGUUUUUCUAGUCAAGGACAUGUCUCGUCUAGAGGCCAAUACAUCUCCAACAGACGGACUGUUUGCUCUGAAGCGGAUCGCUGUGCAGCUGCCCGAGCAUGAGGAGCGACUCAAGAAUGAGAUUGCCGCACAUGGUUGUGUGAGCGACUCUCCUUUUGUGGUGAAGCUGGUCGACUCGCAACGCAUAACAGAUGCCAAUGGGAGUGUCACGGAAGGUCGUCUGCUGCUGCCUUACUUUAAAAACGGAACAAUUCAAGACAUGAUUGAUAAAACCCCUGUUGGAGAGUUUAUUCCACUUGAUCAGAUUCUUCGUGUUGGCAUCGAUAUCUGCAAAGGCCUUCAGGCUUUCCACUCAAGAACUCCACCUUUGGCAUUUAGAGAUCUCAAGCCUGCCAAUGUACUAUUAGGUGACCAUAAUAAUGCAGUACUUAUGGAUCUGGGAUCCGUGGCAUUGGCACGUCUUCAGAUUAAAUCUCGUCGUGAAGCUGUCGCAUUACAAGAACUAUGCGCAGAAACAGUAACUGCUCCAUUUCGUGCUCCAGAAUUGUUUGAUCCAGCUUCAGACACUCUCAUCACAGAAGCUGUUGAUAUUUGGGCCUUGGGAUGCACUCUGUAUGCAAUGGCAUAUCGCACAUCGCCUUUCGACGGUACAAUGACGGCAGUCAUAAACUGUAAGCUUUUGUUUCCACCCAAUGAUCCGUACGGCCCACAGUUUCGCGCAGUCAUGGAAGGCAUCAUUCAAAGUAAACCCACGUCGCGUCCUUCAGCAAAUCAGGUCGAGCAGCUGUUGACACGAUUUCUAGGCAGCGUCACGGUGCAAGUGUAAUCUCUGCGAUGGUGUAUGGUUCCAACAUGUUUAAAGUUUGGAAAAGUUUUAGAUGGCCUGCUUUAAAUAAAUAGGUGCUUGAAAUGAGGCAGAGAUG